GAUUUAUGAGGGAAAGAGAGUUUUUGUCGUUUUUUGCACAUAUCCAGUCGCCUUGAAAAAGGUUAUUUUUGGUUUAAACAUUUGUCUGUCUGCACUUGGGUCCAUCCUGCGCUGCUCAACCUUAACUUAAUGUUUUCUCAAUUUCUCUUGAAUGACCAAAAAAAAAAAGUGAAAACAUCAGUUCAGCACCCUGAAUCAAUUCUCACAACAGGCCUGAAUCAAUCUUUGGAUGGGAAUGUGGUUUAAAUCACAAAUAAAGAGAUACAAAUGCAGAGGCGCAUCCACGGCACUGCAUUUUUUGAACCCCUGAUAGAAUCAGCAGCAGUGUUCUCAUUCCAUCGCAACGGAACAGCAUUUUACAAAACUGCUUUUAAUUCAUCAGUCAACUGGCAUCACAGAGGUUGAAAUACAUCAACUAAACUGCUAAACCGAGUCCACCAUGUCCGUUCACUGGAAAGCGUACCCAAUAAAGGGUCGGACGACUGAAAGCCCUGUAAUCCAGUCCAGUCGUCCUGUGCUUGACAAAGAAGACACUGAUGAGAAGACAUACCCAUAUCUAAAGAACAUUGGGUUUCCUUCUGUGGAUAAUGAAGUGGCCGGUCAGAGGAUCCAGCCUCUCAGUCUUGAAGCUUGUGAGGUUCCACAGUUUCCAAGCCCUCCACCUGCUGAGACUGUUCCAGACAUGGUGUCUCUUCAUAAGGCCUUUAUGAAAAGUAUGCAGGACCUUUCUUUGGAUGACGACACAGAUUUAAAACGCGUUUCCAAAACAAGGUUUGGAAAGGAAACCAUAAAUGCCAAAAACAUGAGGUUCCCUUCACUGGGUGACGACACCGAGUCAAGAAAGCAUCCCAAAAUGCUGCCUCCACGUGUCGAGGGUGUGCAACAGGUGGGAGACCCUCGGUUCAAUCACCCAGACUUGUCCAACAUCAGGUUUUCUGCUGCAGCUUUGGAGCGCUUGAUGUCCAUCACCGGCAACAUCCAUUUCCUCUGCCUCCGAGCCCUCAAUAACCUGGAGUUCCACAAUUCACAAGAUAGAAAGAUGGAAUAACUUGUUUGUCUCUAUAAAUAAA